AUGGUUCGCCUGUCCUUGUCAAUCUGCAUCGCUGCGCUAGCAUCUUCGGCACUAGCCAGCCAGCUUGAUGUGCUUAUGAAGCGCGAGACUAUCGAGAAGGGCUCCUCUCUUUACAACUGCCACGAGGCGUGCGGUGAGAUCAUCGAGAUGUCUGCAGAGGGUGACUACUGUACUAGUUCAAAUUUCUCCUCCGAUCUUAGCACUUGUUUGAAAUGCGCGUAUACGUGUGAUAUCUGGAAAUACUACGGAUCAGAUGUUAAAUCAGCUGCAACAAAUUGCAGCGAUUCUGCAACCCCUAGCUCCUCCUCUUCUGCUAGUUCAUGCGCGUCUACUAUCGGUUCAACCAGUACCGCGACGAACACUGCGGCAACUGCUGCUACAAACACUGCCACGUCAACUACUUCCUCUACUGCGUCUUCUGCAGCUACUAGCUCUGCCGCUGCCUCUGUUCUUCACCAGAACAUUGCGUUCUCGGGGGCAAUUGGAUUCUUGGCAUGGGCACUGGCUGCCUAG